CAUAAUCCAAAUCAGAUUGCUAUGAAUAAAAGAGAAGAAGAAAAAAAACGAGAGACAGAAAAGAAAGAAAAAGAAAGAAAAAGAAAGAAUGAUAGAGAACAAUAAAACGUCAAACGAAAGAAAGCAUAUGCACUCAAAUGCAAAAAGAGAUAUGCAGUAGUAGAUAACAGGACUUGACAAUAAACAGACGCAAAACAAUAUUCAAUGAUUGAUCAUUCAAACGAUUCUUCACAUUAUCAAACAAUGACAAAUCUUCUUUCUCCAUCAUCAUCUUCAUCAUCAUCAACAAUAACCUAUAGCAAUCAUCAUCAUCAUCAACAACAACAACAACAACAAGAUCUACUUUAUCCUUCAUCUAUCUACCAUCAUUCAUCUGAAGUCAUUGUUAGUCCACAUCGUUCAUCUCUUAUGAUUCAACAAAAACAACGAAAUCAAAUAAUUGAACAAACAGAUUCUGAUUGUGAUCUUGAUAGUUCAUCAUCAUCAUCAAUAACAAAUUCAUCUAAAUUAAAAAAACGACGAGCUAAUUUACCAAAAGAUAGUGUUCGUAUACUUAAAAAUUGGCUUUAUGAACAUCGUUAUAAUGCCUAUCCAACAGAUGAAGAAAAAGCUAAUCUAUCUCAUCGUGCUGAUUUAUCGAUAAAUCAAGUUUGUAAUUGGUUUAUAAAUGCUCGUCGACGUAUAUUACCUGAUUUAUUAAAAAAAGAAGGUACUGAUCCGAAAAAAUUUACUAUAUCAAGACGUUUUUCACGUGAUCAAAAACGUUCAUCACCAUCAUUAUCCGCUAUAUGUUCGACAAGUGGAGAAAAUACAUCAAAUGAAACAUCAUCAACAACAUCAACAACAACAGAAAUAAAUCUUGUUGUUGAACGAAGUUCAUCACCAUCGUUAAUACUAACAAAUAAUUCUAGUGUUCUUAAUAAACAAUCUUCAUUAUCUAUCGAACCUUGUUUUACAACGAGGCAUCAUGUUCUAUUAAAACCAACACGUGAUCCAACUGUUAUUAAUUUAAUAUCAAGUGAACAACAAACACGUCUUGCUUGUCCAAAUGAUUCAUUAACAACAACUAGUAAUACUACUGGUGAUCUUGCCGGUUUUCAACUUCUUGUAGAUGUAGCUGUUAAAGAAUUACAUCGAAUACAACAAGAUAGCAAUAGUAGUUUACCACUACUUUGCAACUAA